AGCCAAGCAGUCGCGCAUUAACACUAUUGCCGUGUGCGCUUUCUCGUAUACGGCGCCGGAUUUUUGUAAUAUCGUUAUUAUUUUCCGGAACGUGGGGGACGAGAAUAUUUGAGAAACGGGGAUUAGAAUAUUUUUACCUGAGAUAUAAACAGGUAGAAAGAGAUAGAGAAAGAGAGAGAGAAAGAAAAAGAAAAGAAAAUCAGUCUCUUCAAUUUCCUUUCAAAGGUCGUCACACGUCCAUCCAUUCGUCGUGAAAGACGGGAGGAGAUUCUAAAGCGACGUACCAGUGUCAGAGAAAGAGAGAAGAGAAAGAGAAGAAGAAGAAGAGAAAGAGAAACGAGGUAGAGGCUGGCAGGCAGGAAGAUGAAGGGGAUGAUGCUGCCCGCGUUCUUGCUGGGCGUCCUCUUGGUCUCUCGCGUUCAGGCCGUAUCGGAGAGGUUGGAAUUGGCACCAGCUGGAGGAAGAUCUGAACCGCAAGUUGCAACGCUAUGCGAAGUUGGCGAGGUUUACCUGGCACAACACAUGGGCGAACAAGGUAGAUGGGUGUCGUCGACCGAUAAGAAGAGCUGUAUGACGGACAAACUCGAGAUUUUAGAAUAUUGUAAGAAGGCAUAUCCAAAGAGAGACAUCACUAAUAUCGUCGAGUCGUCGCAUUAUGUCAGAGUCAGUGGAUGGUGUAAACCUGGAAGAACCAAAUGUAAAUUGUCGAGAUGGGUUAAGCCUUAUAGAUGUCUGGAGGGUCCCUUCCAAAGUGACGCACUUCUUGUACCAGAGGGAUGUCUUUUCGAUCAUCUACAUAAUCAGACCAAAUGUUGGGAAUCACACAGGUGGAAUGCAACAGCCGCUGAUACCUGCAGAGAACGUAAUAUGAAUCUAAGGAGUUUUGCUAUGUUACUACCAUGCGGGAUAUCGCUCUUCUCUGGUGUCGAGUUCGUAUGCUGUCCGAAACGCCUGAAAGAAACUGUAAAAGUCAAGAAAACGAUCGAUUUACCAAUUCCAAAAGGAGUUGACGAUGAUCUCGACGAGGACGAAGAUGAUCUCGAUGACGAAGAUGAUCUCGAUGGUGAAGCCGACGACGAUAAUGAUUCUGAAAGCGAUCUCGACGAUGUUUUCAGUGAUCAACCAGACGAUGAGGAAAGUGACGAGGAAUACCUAGACGAUUAUGAUACAACUACGAGCCGACCGUCCACAAUAUUCUCAACGACUGAGAAAGUUAAACAAGAAGCAACGGCAAUGGCCUUACCGCUUAGUAGCAGCACGCAACAACCAUCUCAAUCGCAGGGUACACCAGAUCCAUACUUGACUCAUUUUGAUCCACGAUCGGAACAUCAAAGUUACAAGCAAGCCCAAAUGAGACUCGAGGAAGUACACAAAGAGAAAGUAACAAAAGUGAUGAAGGAUUGGAGUGACCUAGAAGAAAGGUAUCAAGAUAUAAGAGCCCAUGAUCCAGUUGCCGCUGAUGCUUUCAAACGAUGGAUGACGGCACGAUUCCAAGAAACUGUUGCGGCCUUGGAAGAAAGUGGAGCCGCGGAAAAACAUCAACUCAGUGCGAUGCAUCAACAACGAGUGCAAGAAGCUGUUAAGCAGAGAAAUGAAGAAGCUAUGUCCUGUUACACUGCUGCUUUGAACGAAACCCCACCAAAUACUCAUCGCAUUCAAAAGUGUUUACAAAAGUUACUCAGAGCUCUUCACAAGGACCGACACCAUACGAUUGCUCAUUACAAGCAUUUACUUGACAGCAGUCUGGAACAAGCUCAACGUGAAAAACCAGCGACGUUGGAACAUCUUGCAGAAAUUGAUAGAAUCACAAAUCAAAGCUUAUUGAUGUUGGAACGAUAUCCUGAUCUGAGUGCAAAAAUCGGGCGUCUAAUGGAUGACUAUGUUUUGGCGCUUCGCAGUAAGGAUGAAACACCAGGUUUAUUGUUAGCAAUGACUCGAGAGGCAGAAGCAGCUAUUUUAGACAAGUAUCAAGCGGACGUGGCUAGCAAACAAGAAGAAAAAGAACAUCAAAAGCAAUUAGAACGUGCACGCAAGGAACAACGUAAGGUUGAACGUGGUGAAUUACGUACGGAACAAGAACAACAUGAAGAAAAUGAUUCAGUGAAUGACAAUAAGUAUUCUUCUCAGCAAUCUGAACAACAGCCGGUACCCGUUGCAACGCUGCAUAAUGAAGGAGUGGUUAGAGCAGCACACAGUAUGACUCAUGAUGUCUCACAUUCUGAACCGGGUUAUUCAGUAAGACGUGAACUAUAUCACAAGGAGAGCCGAUCGGUUUACUUUACGCUAGCAUUUGCUGGAAUCGCACUUAUGGCAGCUGCAAUAGUAGGUGUUGCUGUAUUCAAAAGACGUAAUGCGAGAAGCCCACACAGUCAGGGUUUCAUUGAAGUUGAUCAAGCUGCUACACCAGAAGAACGACAUGUAGCUAACAUGCAAAUCAAUGGUUAUGAAAAUCCAACAUAUAAAUAUUUCGAGGUGAAGGAAUAAUUGAAUAAUUUUUAAA